GCAGAGCCGCAUACUUAUUCUCUCUUCCCUCACGAAGUCAAAAGCUAGCUCAAAAAUGGUGGGACGCCCUCUUAGACCCAACAAAAGCAGCGAUCCAACAGUGAAGAAGGGCACUUGGAGUGCAGAAGAAGAUCAGAAGCUCACUGCUUAUAUCAGGAGAUAUGGCAUUUGGAACUGGGCUCACAUGCCCAACCCUGCUGGUUUGGCAAGAACUGGGAAAAGUUGUAGACUUCGGUGGAUGAACUAUCUGAGGCCUAACAUCAGGCAUGGAAACAUCACCAAAGAAGAGGAGGAUCUGAUUAUCAAGCUGCAGCAACUUCUCGGAAAUAAAUGGGCGGCAAUUGCAGCUAGACUUCCAGGACGGACUGAUAAUGAAAUAAAGAAUUAUUGGAACACCCGCUUGAAGAAACGUGUCGGCUACAAGAACAAGUUACAAAUUCCAAUCGCUUGCGAUAUUAAAGUUAAGCCCAAUCACAAUAAUGGUUCAUCCCAUCCAUACGCAUGUCUACCCACCAUCGAUACUCCGAAAUUAGAAGCCGGCAUUGGAUCUCAAUAUGAAAUUCCAACAAUGAGUGAAAAUAGCUUCUGCACCUCUUAUGGAGUUCAAUAUGAUGACAAAACCUCAGAGAAUAGCUGGUAUUCGCCAUGCAGCGUGACUGAAGAAGAAGAACGCCUGAGGGAACAAUUUCUUGCGCUGAGAGAUAUUGAAAUUGAAGAAAAUUUCUGUGGCAUGUACAUGCAUUCGGGAGCUACGGACCCUGCCCUUGUGUGCAUGCAGCAGGAGCUCGUGUACCACAGCGGUUCCUGUCAAGAUUUCAUCAUGGAUUUAUGGGGAAAAUGAUGAUUGCUGAGGGCACUUGUGCGCAGAUGAAGAGGUGCCAUAUGAUUUCUGGUAGUUUCCUGUUAAGGAUCGUGGUUCAUUCUGUGGAUGAUCUUUUGGAUUUAAUAAAUCUAGGAUGCAUCUUUAACUUCCACAGAAUGUGAAAUAAUGUAAUGAGCAUUGUGUUUUCUGCAGUUGAUUAUCAGUGUUGUCAUUCUUGUCUAGUGGAUUUAUUCAAGUUCUCUGGAGAAAUGAUAAACUCACAAUCACGUUUCCA